AUGGCCGACACGAACGGAGGCGCCAAUCUGCCAUCACUAGACCUCUCCAGCGGCGUCGCACCGCAAGUUCGACCUGGAGGUGCCCCGGCCCGUGUAUACCUCAACGAGAAGAUCGUUCCAUACCUGCUUGAGGGUAUGAAGACUGUCACAAGGGACCAGCCACCCAAUCCAUUGCAAGUGUUGGGGGAAUUCUUGAUCCAGAAGAGCAAGGAAGUUGAAGGCGAGACCAAGAAAGAUUCAGAGUGA